AUUAUUUUUUUAUUUUUCUGGAGGCGUGCCUGUGAUGGAACACCAGUCGCCCCUCAGGGACGGCGAGGAGAGACGAGACUGCGCGGUGCCAGAGGACGCGCGGGCUGCGCAGCGCGACGGUGAGCCGGGAGUCGAGCUGCUGCACCUGGCGGGCCUCGUGUCGGAGGACGAGAGGGCCGGCUCCGAGGACUCCAGGCAGCCGCGCAAGAGGAGAGCUCCCCGCGACUCGGCACGGCCUGAGCUCAAGGACGAAGGCAUACAAACACGAAAUAACAAGAAGAGAAAGAAAAAUAGAAACAGAUCGGGAAAGCGAAAGAUGGUCGUGCGACCAAACUAUUUUGUUGGAAUCCAAGUUUCGAACCCUGAGGUCCAUCGCGCGGUGCGCGGCCUGCAGGAGAAGAUAGUCGCAGCGCAGCCGGAGUUGCGCUCCACCGUCAUCCCGACAGCGACGCUGCACGUCACUCUGGCCGUGGCUCACCUGCCAGACCCCGCUCACGUGGCUCGGGCUGCAGAGGUAAUGAAGGAGUCCCUCUCGGUGAACAGAGACCUGUACAACAACCCUCCAGUUUGCCUCAUGUUCAGCGGAGUCAAGACAUUCAAAAACCAGGUGCUCUUCGCAGACAUCGAGGGCGGGGAAAGUCUGCUGAGGAUCGCCGGGCUGGCACAGGCGCUGGAAGAGUCCUUCGAGGAGUCGGGGCUGGUGCUGCCGUCCAGGAAGAGCUUUCAGCCGCACCUCACGAUCCUCAAGCUGUCCAAGGACUUUGGGCUGAAGAGAAAGGGUAUACUGAAAAUCACUCCGUCGUUGUACUCUGACGACAGAAGCAUGCAUUUUGGGCAGCAAGUGGUGAGGAGUGUGCAGUUGUUGUCGAUGAACAAGCCAAAGGAUGCCAACGGCUACUACUACUGCAGCCACCAGGAAAUAUUUGACGUGGCCGGCGAGGAGUCUGGCGACCACUCGGGCUGCUGCGAGAAGCCGUCCCUGGGCAAGCAGCCUCCCCCGGGGGUGGGUGGCAGGCGGCACCUCCACUCCCUAGCGGCUGUGGAGGGGGAGCGGCGGCCGGCCACUCGCGCGGAGGACGUCGUCAGGAUGCUGCUGCUGGUCGGAGCAGUGAGCAUCGGCGUGGCCUUCCUCCUGCGCAGCUUCUCUGCGGCCAAGUGAUCUCUCCUCUACCGCACCCGCACUUUUGUAAUUUCAUAUUAAAGACUACUGUGGA